AUGUACAAAAACGUUGUCAUGAUUGUCCUUCCGCCUGAAUCUGAGGUACGAGGUUGGAAGCGAGAACAAAUUUUUAAUCUUACCCUUGGGAGUUUGAGAGAUUAUUGGGACUCCAAAGUCCCACCCGGCGAGGUAAACUCUCUCUGGUUUUGGGCGCCUUGUACCCUUUCGAAGUCACCAAGAUGGCCCGGUGCUGCUGAUUACGUUGAUGGAAGCGAAGAGUCCGACAAACUAUUCAAGAAAGAGCUCAAGGCAUUCGACCAUUCGUGCGGGCGACUCUUCGGUCUGAACACGUCUCAGCCACCUUAUAUAUUGAAAGUGGAUGGCGUCGCACCAUUGUCAUUUACAGAUAUUGGAAUAAAAAGGGACAUCAUAGCAGAAGAGGCAUUAAACGGCUAUAAUUCUCAACCGGGGGUAAGGAAUCUGCAAGUCGACCAUUGCCUUGCGGAGCCGGCACCGUGUCAGGUCAGGUUAUCUAAUGCCCUGAUCUUGGUUGUCAUGGUUUGCGUCCUGGUAAAGAUCAUGGCCUGUGUCUUUCUGCUUUUCGUUCUGACAGACAUUUCACUCGUUACUCCCGGAGACGCCAUCGAGUCUUUCAUCUCGAACCCCGAUCCUGUCACAAAAGGCCUCAGUACUCUCACUUUCUCCGCGGCGCAGAACCUCGAGUGUCAACCACGGGAAACAUCUACCACUGCAGGAAGUCUAGAUCUUACGUUUGCCGUAAGGCCACGCCGGUGGAAAUCUAAAGCUCACCGUUUAUAUUCUGCCGUAUCCCGUGGCAUUUGGAUUCAAGUAUACUAUCCUAUUUUCAUUGGAAUGGUUGCUGUUCUUGUAGCACUAAUUACUUCUAGUAGUAGUACUGGAUUGAAUACAUUCGGCCCCUCCCAAGAUUACAGUCUCUGGGAUUUGGGUGAAAGCAUGGGCUACGUUGCUUCACUCCUGGUCGUUAACAUACCUCAGCUCAUUCUAUCUUUUAUGUACCUGGCGGUCAACAUGCUUUAUACACAAUUACAAGUUGAGCUAGAGCUGAACUCUUACGGUCGUAAGUACACGCCUCUGCGGGUGUCUUAUCCAGUGGGUCAACAAGUGUCGACCUAUAGACUUCAACUGCCUUUCAGAUACAGUGUCCCAUUGAUCGCAGUGAGUAUUCUACUUCACUGGCUUGUCUCAAACGCACUUUUUUUCAUCGUGGUCGAAGGGGGUGCUGGCUCCGAAGGCAAAACUGUGCAAGCCAGACCAGACUUGGCCGAAAGUAUGGGCGUUCCUUCUGAUGCCGUGAUAGCAAUCAGUUACUCAGGACUGAGCAUUCUCAUCUUCUUCUGCGUUGGCCUUGUCGUUGCUUUAUCUCCACUUUUCUUCAAAUACCGCAAGUUACAGAAUGACAUGGUCGUGGGAGGUACCAAUAGUCUCGUCCUGUCAGCUGCUUGUCAUGUUCCUCGGGUCCCAAGGGUCUCAGUGAACGACUCUGAGUCCCAUUUAACAACAAUGCAAGAUCUUGACGAGGAGAAGGAAUACCUUCGAGAAGUUGCGAGAGGUAAAGUGCGUUGGGGGGCCAUGCCAUUACCUCUCGAUAUCGCUGCCAAGAUCGUCGUCGAGGACGACGAGCCUGUCAUGCACUUGGGUUUUGGCACAGAGGAUCACGAUGUUCAAGCUCCUCAAACGGGUAUGCUUUACGCAUGA